GGGGGGGCUCCUGGAGGGGUGAUGUCCCCGAUUUGGGCCUAAAAUUAUCGUUAGACGAUGAAAAUCCCCCGCGCGCCACUGUUGCCGGUCAUGUAGUUUUCCUUCUCGCCGACAGUUUUCCACCUGUCACCUUUCGAAGUGUCAGUCGAUCAUUAAUCAUUGAUUAUCGCGGCCAAGUGUCGGUGCAGUGACGCCCCGGUCGUGGAAAUGCAGUGAGAAGGCCCCCCGAGGCAGAGAAAUCCGCGAUUUGCACAUUGUCGUCGCUAUCGCUGAGGAAGUUUGACAGGUCGCGAGUGGUCAGUGGUGGUGUUAAAUGCGAGACUCGACGCUUGUGAACUGGGGGCACCCGUGAACGGCACCCGAGGUCUUCUGGGCGACGCGACACCGCUAUUUUCAGAUCCACACGUCGUUGCGUUAUCGCCGUUUGAGAUAUGAGUCGAAGCCAAGGCCGCAUCCAAGUCCCAGAUGAUCUUCGCGAGGUCCUUCUCGAAUUCACCAUAAGCUACCUGCUGGAGCAGCCCGGAGACGUCGUCAACUACGCAGCGGAUUAUUUCAGCCGUUUGAGGGAAACUCGGACCACUCAGAUCGUCUUCGACCAAGCAGGAACCACAGCAUCGUCGCCAGAUGAGUCCACGUUGUCGAGAGAAGAAGAGCCGCCUGUGGGCCGAUUUUCGGGUCGUCGCAAGUCCGUCUUUGCCGAAGCUUACGAUCCGGAAGAGGACGAAGACGAUGGCGGAAAAGUUGUCUUUCCGAAAUCGGACGAACAACGUCAAAGAUUGGCGGAAGCAGUUCGCAAUAUUUUAUUAUUCCGCGCCCUCGACAAAGAACAAAUGCAGGAAGUGUUGGAUGCGAUGUUCGAGAGGGUCGUGAAAGAGGGCGAACUCGUUAUCAAACAAGGAGAUGAUGGUGAUAACUUUUAUGUUAUACAAAAUGGCAUAUUCCAUGCCCUCGUGGGCGAGCCUGGCGGCGAACAGAAGCACAUCCAUACGUACGAGAACAGCGGCAGUUUCGGCGAAUUGGCCCUUUUGUACAAUAUGCCUCGUGCGGCGACGAUCAAAGCCCAAWCGGACGGCUCCCUAUGGGCGAUGGAUCGCCAGACAUUCCGACGCAUUUUGCUCAAGUCGGCGUUCAAAAAACGAAAGAUGUACGAGACGCUUAUCGAAAGCGUACCAAUGUUAAAGACAUUACAGCCAUAUGAACGAAUGAAUCUUGCCGACGCCCUUGUGCCCAAAACGUAUCAAUCGGGCGAUAGAAUAAUCAAACAGGGCGAUGCCGCCGAUGGAAUGUAUUUUGUUGAAGACGGCACCGUCAUCAUCAGCGUCUUGGACGAUAGCGGAAAAGAGGUCGAAAUUAAUCGUUUAGGAAAAGGGGGAUAUUUUGGCGAAUUGGCGUUGGUUACACAUCGGCCGAGGGCGGCGUCGGCCUACGCCGAAGGCGACGUCAAACUGGCAUUCUUGGACGUGGAGGCAUUCGAGCGACUCUUGGGCCCAUGUAUGCAACUAAUGAAGCGCAACAUCACCGACUACGAAGAACAAAUGCUCAAGAUCUUCGGCUCAAAGCAUAACAUCCGCGACAUUCGAUGAACGGAGCCGAUUUAAGACGCUCCCGCCCGCCGCCUUCUCUGAACGAUAGUCGAACAAUCCCAUCCCCAAUUUGUAUUAAUUUCAAAUUAUUACAUGUCGAGUAGUAAACAAUCAACGUGUGUCUACGUCACUAAAAAAAUUCAUCAUCGGGGUGCAACAGUUUACUAGUCAUGUGUAUAUAAUAAUGUUAUGAAAGUCCAAUUUUUUUCGUUGUUGUUGUUGUUGCUUUGACGGUCCAGGACGCGGCCCCCUACUGCUGGACGGUGUGCGGCCCCUUUUACCCCCCUUUUUACGUGUGUUUGGAUGCAAGUCGUUAUCGUUCGAGUCUUCUCAAGUGUCAUUUUUCCUCCAGCAAUACAUCAAGCGAACGUUGUGCCAAAAGUCAGUACAAAAAGACAUGCAAUAAUAUUGCGAUAGCAACAGUAUUGUCAAUUAGASUAGGUUUUGCCGAUUUUAGUAUUACUAGUAGAUGGCGCUUCGCUACUUAAGUGCAAUAUUAGCGUCCUUGGAUUUUUGAAUUUGCCGCCUUGGCAGCGCCCUCUUUCAUGCAAUAGGCUUUUGGCACAAUUCGUUCGAUUUGGUUUAGUUUGCCAUGCAUCCCAGUUGGUUUCAAUGUUCCAUAUACAGUGUGAUCCAAGUGUUUUCGUUUAUUGAGGCUAUAUUGUGUCACAAACUAKGACAUAUACGUUGGCAAUAAUGUGGUAUAGUUAUCGCCAACGUAUUUUCCUACAAGUGGCAGUUCCUUUAUUUUUUGUUAUUGUGUUCGAGUUGUUUUAUUAGUUAGUUUGCGGACACAGGAAGACUAGAAGCUCCAUGUGAGUCUUUGUUACUAAUUGUUAAUCGUACAAAGAAAAAAUGGUUAACACAUCUUCUUUAUACAAAACAUAUACAUAUUUAUUAUAGUGUUAUAUUCGUGUGUUCUAUGCCAGGUUUGAGCAGUUGUAUAAUUUUCUUCGAACAAUCAGUUUGUCUGCGGUUUUUGAACUAAGCAAUGACAGUUUGAAAACUGUCAGACAAUUAAUAAUAAUUAAGGCUGAUAAAUUAUAAAUAUGAAGUCACGAUUGAAAGAUAUUAAGUGGAGUAUUUAUUUUUAUGUAACGAGAAAUGGAAUUGAGAGAAGAAUACGCCCUAGUUAUAGUAACUUUUAAGCGAAAGUUACUCAUAUCACAUAAGUUCAGGUGAAAGGUCCUUGUAACAAAAACCGUAAAUUUGUAAGUUAAUACAGACUUUUUAUGUUGUGGGUGGGGUUUGUUAGACUUGGUGCCUCUCGUGUUCAUAAACAAUCAAAUCAAAUCAAAAAUAUUACCACUGACUUAGGAAACGGUACAUUUUAGACUAGUUUAAAUAAAUAUGAAACAAUGGUCUAUUAUGUGCCUUAUAAUCUCUCUGACUGACUGGUUUCAGGCACUUGUUCGAAAAAUUCAGCUUGUGAUUGGUCUAACAAGUCCCACUGGUAAUUUAGCACAAUUCUAAUAUUUAAAUGUGUAGACAUAUAGCUAGGUGUAUUAUGUAGUGGCUUGUCAGUUCAUAUUCACUGUUUCGAGAGAAGGUAGAAGUAAACAGGUCGGUUCAUCCUAUGUGUUAUUUGUCAAAGUUGAAUGUUGAUUGUUUAUCGUGGUAUGUGUUUCUGUCCCGACCAUCUUUUCAUCGAAUCGUCAAGAUCGGAUGUGAGACACAUCCGACAUUGGCGAUUUCUACUAUAAAGUGUCUCUAAGCACGAAUAAUGCCUUUUUACUUAUCGUACCAAAAAUUAGAAUCUCAAUUAAGUUAUUUGUACACAAGAGAUUAAUUAUAAGUGUUCGCCAUGUCACAUGCCAUAUUCUAAACACUCUGAGCUGACUCGCUCGUCCUGUCUGAGAUUCCUUAGUCAUAUGUACUGCUUCCACCAGAUGACUAAAUGAGCUUAUUAAAUU